ACCAGAGCGCACCGACCGACGCACCGACCGACCUCAGCCCGCCUCCCUCUACCCCGGUCUGGGAUGCUUUUAGUGCAGAGACGCCUCCUCUCAGGGCAGCCAGUGGACGUCGACGCAGAUCAUCCGCACUGUUCUUCUUGUUAUUUUUAACCGAGGAUCUUGCCCGUCCCCUACCGACAACCCCCUCCGACAAGCGUCCCCCCCACCCCCCCAUUUUCUUUAAGUGUUUAUGUUUGUUUCUUCAUGACUGCUGCAUUGGGAAGCGAGCCUCAGCACCAGCUCCAGCAACGCCAACACCAUGCGAGCCCAAAUCGAAGUUAUACCAUGCAAAAUCUGCGGAGACAAAUCAUCAGGUAUCCACUACGGAGUAAUUACGUGUGAGGGAUGUAAGGGUUUCUUCAGACGGAGUCAGCAGAACAAUGCAUCCUACUCCUGCCCCCGCCAGAGGAACUGUCUCAUUGACAGAACCAACCGCAACCGCUGCCAACACUGCCGCCUGCAGAAAUGUCUCGCCCUCGGAAUGUCCAGAGAUGCGGUAAAAUUUGGCCGCAUGUCCAAGAAGCAACGGGACAGCCUAUAUGCAGAGGUCCAGAAACACCAGGCACGCCUGCAGGAGCAGCGGCAGCAGCAGACGGGUGAAGCAGAAGCCCUGGCCCGUGUUUACUCAUCCAGCCUCACCAAUGGACUAUCCACCCUCAACCAUGAGAUUGGGGGCACCUAUGCCAAUGGUCAUGUCAUUGAGCUGCCCAAGGGUGGUCAUGGUAACGGAGGCGGAGUACCAGGUGGUUACUAUGGGAUGGACUCCACCCAGCCGUCUCCAGACCAGUCGGGAUUGGACAUGUCAGGCAUGAAGCACAUUAAACAGGAGCCGGUGUAUGACUUGACACCAGUACCUAACCUGUUCAGCUAUGGGGGCUACCAGGACAGCCAGCUGGGACCCAAUAACGUCAGCAUGGGAGAGCUGGACCGUAUUGCCCAGAACAUCAUCAAGUCACACUUGGAGACAUGUCAGUACACAGCAGAGGAGCUGCAGCAGCUUGCCUGGCAGACACACUCCUAUGAGGACAUCAAGAUGUACCAGAGCAAGACACGGGACGUGUUAUGGCAGCAGUGUGCCAUCCAGAUAACCCAUGCUAUCCAGUAUGUGGUGGAGUUCGCCAAGCGCAUCUCAGGGUUCAUGGAACUAUGCCAGAAUGACCAGAUCCUCCUGCUAAAGUCAGGUUGUCUGGAGGUAGUCUUGGUGAGGAUGUGCCGGGCGUUUAACCCUCUCAACAACACUGUGCUCUUCGAGGGGAAGUACGGAGGCAUGCAGAUGUUCAAAGCACUAGGUUGUGAUGACUUAGUGAGUGCAGUGUUUGACUUUGCCAAGAGUCUGUGUUCGUUGCAGCUGACAGAGGAAGAGAUAGCUCUGUUCUCAGCAGCGGUACUCAUCUCCACAGAUCGGCCAUGGCUGAUGGAGCCCCGGAAGGUCCAGAAGCUCCAAGAAAAGAUCUACUUUGCUUUGCAGCACAUCAUGCAGAAGAACCACAUGGACGAGGAUGCGUUGGCUAAGCUGAUCAGCCGUAUCCCGACGUUGUCAGCCCUGUGUACGCUCCACACAGAGGAGCUCCAGGCCUUCCAGCAGCUCCACCCUGAAACUGUCAACGUCCUCUUCCCUCCGCUCUACAAAGAACUCUUCAACCCUGACCCCAACUCUGCCAUGGCCAUGCCCAAGUGACUGCCUACGGUCCCACCGCACCAACCGGCAUCAGCGGAGGACCACCAGAAUAAGAAGACCACCGGGUCUGACAAGAUGACAGCAGCCAUGUUGACUGUGUCAUCGUGGCAACCACAUAUUACAGAUCUCACCCAGGCCGAGAUGAGGCCGGGGGAAUUUGAGGAGUCAUCCGCCAGAAACUUACAGUUAUCGCCAACAAUACUAGGAAUGUCCAGCACUUAUCCCAUCCUGUUCACCGAUACAGUCUGAAGAAUGUAUAUAUAAAUGAAAUGCGACCCCAGCCGCAACCUAAGUGGGGCUUUCUCCUCUCUCCUAAAGUGAACUGACUGACCAGAAAUGUACAGACUUUAAACAUCUAGAAACAAUUUUAAGCUGUCGAUCUUUUAAAAAAAAUGGGUAAGUUAAUUUGUUUAACUUUGAAAAAAAAAAGUUUUUUGUUUGAUUUUUUUUUUUUUUCCACGAUGAAAUUGUGAAGUUGAAGAAGCCGGAUGGGGGAGGGAAUUGUGUGGAUUUAGAGAAGCUAUUGUAGAUAUUCUUCUAGUGCAGAGCGGAUUCCAGUAUUACUUCUUGUUCUGUUAAAAUAAGUUAGUUCUAAUUUAAAAAUACAGCAGCCCAUUGUGGCUGACUAUACCUGUCUAUGUGAUUUUAUUUUAUUUGAUAGUUUCAUGUGUACAGAAUUUGUAAAGUUGAAAUGAGACUUGUAAAAGAAUAUUGGGGUAAAACCAGGAGUUGAUUCGGGUUUGCUGAUAUAUAAAAGCCUUGUCUGGAUUUUGUUGAUAUGUAAAGAAGGUACUACAUCCUUCCAAUGAGAACUUAUACAAAUGUAAAGAGAGCAUAUGAAGGAUUUAAAAAGAAAAUAACGGCUACUACUUUUCAAGGUGAAGAUAUAUACAUAAAUAUUCUAUUUUGCGAGAAACAGAAUCUGGCAGACUUGCCAUCCUAUCAAUCAUUUUUGUCGCUGCAAUAAUUCUGUCCAAACAAACUGGACUGCUUUUGAACAAUCAAUCAGAAACAACCAAUCAGAGACUAGAAGGACCUCACAGUAAACCCCGCCUCUUUCCCAAAAUGAUCAUCAUCCCUUUCCCUUAUUCUUUACGUCUAAGGGCCUUGACAAAGUGAUCUGAACAGACAAAAUCAGACAGACACCACAAUUACCAAAUGGAUGAAGAUUCCACCAAAAUAAGACCAGAAAAUAUUCCCACCAAUGGAAUCGAUGAAAUCAAAGUAAAGUUGGACCAAUUUACAACUUUUAAACAUUCAAAGACCUAUACGGGAGCUGUAUGCCCUCAACCCUCCCAUCACUUUUUGCACAAUCCAGUCCAUGGAUGUUAAUCACUCUGGGCUGUGAAUAUGAAGGACCCUUCUCUCCAAGGAGCAAUAACUUUUACACUGCCUUGCUGAUCUUACUCCUCUCCUUUUUCCUCCUUUCUUUUAUCGGCUGUUUAGCACAGGGUAGCCCUUUUAGCUAGAAUGCACUAUACUAGAUCCUCUACCGUCAGUAUCUCAACCAAUCAAUGUUAUGUGAACGGCAUUCAUGGCACUGCAUACUCUGUAGCAUUUUCAAAGUGACACAAUGUGAUCUGGGAUUAGGACAUUACAAACACGCUUAGUACACUGAGAGCAGAUAUGAAGAAAAGCAGACUAGCCUCCAUCAAUCCUCCUGCUAAAGUGGCAAUAUUAUGAUAAUUCAUAUAAAAAGCUGUGAUAGACAAUCAGUGUGUUUUGUUUGCUGUCAGUUUUUUUAGUCAUUCCGUAUUUAUUGAUACUUGUGGAUUAUCGGUGCAUUUUUCUUUGUUUUUUUCUAAAUUCAUGUUAUUUUGAUAAACAUUUGGCCACUGUGUAGGAUCACAUUAGUUUUACGGAGUAUUGGUUACAUCUGAAGACACUGCUGCUUCCUCUCUUAACUGGCCUUUAAUCUUUCUUUCGACGAAAAUCCCUUUUGUGGUAGAGGCUUAGUUUUAAAAGACAUCAUCAGUUUGAACAACCACUGGGCUUAGAUAUUGGGAUUUAGGGGCUUUUUAGAGACCUAGAUAUCUUUGUGCAGUUCAACAUUUAGCCACUAGAUGCUCUGUAUGCAUCACUUUUUCAAAGUGAUCUAGAUGAGCUUAGACCCACUGCAAGUCUAAAUGAAGAGUUUCCUCUCAAAAGGACAUACCAUUUUACAACAGUGUGACAGCUAUUUCUACAAAGAUUAAUAAUGAUGGUACGUAUGAACAGAUAAUAACUUUUAAACAAUAUUCCUGGCAUGAUCAACAAUAAAAUUCCAAUGUUUCCCCCUAACAAAAUGGAUAUAUAUCAUAUAGUGUAAUAGCAUAAUUGAAGAGGGAACUUUUUAUUUAAUACGGCACUUAAAAUUUCACUACUACCUAAAUGACUAUAGUUAUAUUAGUGCAGUGUGACUAGUGUUACUUAUGCAUGAAAUCUGAAAACCUCUGCUGGGUUUUCUGAGCUUUGGAUGCACAUGCUUGUUGCACAGUGGCCAAAUCUUUAACUUGUUACAAGAAUGGACACAGAAGAAAUAACGGUACUUUUAAGUGUACAGUAUGCAACAUUAUCACUUGAACCAUUUCCAACCUCAUUCUUUACAUGUACGUCUUCAUGUGGUGGACACAACAGAGUAGACAGAUGUGAAAUGAGCAUCACAGGGCAAAAAGCACGGCAACUUUUCGGGAAUAAAGCCACCAUGACAGGCAACAUUACCAGCAUCGCCCCUACUGGCCCAAUUAAUUGUUAAUGCCCUGCUUGAUAUCCUUGUCUGUUCCAUGCUGCCUCUCAGCAGACCCCAUCCCAGGUUAUUCGAUGCCCAGGAUCCUUCCCCUGACCCCGAGGCCAGUGGCUCUUUAAGACAAUCACUUGCUCAUUAAGGCUUGAUGCACUACACAGCAUCUCUCAGGGAGCAGCUCUUUUUCUGACUUUGCAUUAACAGAGGGUUUUAAUAUUUUUACAAAUUAUAAAAAAAAAAAAAGUAAUUAUAAAAGCAUUACUUUUGGAGAUAAAUACUGCAUACGUUGCCAGCGUAUGUCAGCAAUGGAAUCUACCCAGACAAGGCUUUGAUAAAUGUGUGUCUGUGUGUAUGUGUGUGUAUGGGGAGUGAAUUCACUGUCCAAAUCUCUUUAGACUAUUUAACAAGCAUUGUGAUAUAUUACAGAAACAAACAGAGGAAAAACAAUGAAUCAAUGUUCUGUUGUCACUACUCUACUAAUGUCUACUACCUACCUUGCUGCUUGUGGGAUAAUGGAGGAACUCCAAUAGUAAGCUGUGAAUCGAGCGCCAAUCCAAUAGCACAGGGACAGUGAAUUCCAUCCAACUCUGAAUAUGAAGUUUCUGUAUGUGAUGUUUUUGUUUUCCCUUGUUAGACUGUGAAUCAGUGGGGUGGGAUGGGGUUGUCAGAGGGGAUGUGCUGGCAAGAGCGAGUGGCAACGCAACACUGUAAGUAAGAUACUGUAGCAAUAAGAACUGGAGGCAUUUACUACUGUCAUGUUUGCAUUGUAAGAUUAUUUUUUAUUUUAUUACUAUUUACUAUUAUUAUUGUUCUUAUUAUGACUACUACUCUUCUAUUACUAUUAGCCUAUUGUUGUUCUGUUCUAUUUGCAUGACGUUUCAUUGCAAUGAAACAUUUGGGGCUUUGUGUUUUCUCUUCUCAUGAUAUUGUGGGUUUGGUGGGAGGGGGUAUUGGCAGGGUGGGUGUUGGGGUUAGGGCAAAUUCCACUUCAAUUCAGUCAAUUCAUAAGCAAUUUUCUUUUCAAGGCGAAAGAAGUUUUAAAUAAAAUGCUCUUAUUUAUAUGCAACCAAUUUAAAAAUUGUUACAUUUGAAAUGUGAUUUUUUUUUUUUUUUUUUUUGCUCCAAAAUUUGAAUGUGUGAGUUAGCAUAACCAGUCAGUGAAUGGCCCUUUCUGAACUGGCCUUAUUGAAAUGGAGCAGAGACCCCUAACCUCCAGCAGGGGGGGAUCAAUGUGGGGAGGGUAAACUAUUCUGAAUGUUAUGGAGUAGCCUGUUCAGUGUGAGGGGCUGAACGCAUCAUGCGCCUUUUACACUCCAUCAACACAGACUGACAUCAUUGAGCGCACAUUAGAGGUGGUGAUCAUCCUACGAGGUGUGACCACACCGACACUGCGCGCAGACACUUUUUAUAUAGCCUACUUGGUAAAAAUGCAUUUCCUACACUUAGUCAAACUACACUCCACCCAAAACCUCUUUCUCCCGUUCUUGAGAGAAAAAAACCUGUGUGUGUGCGUGUGUGAGAGAGAGACAGAAAAACAGAGAAAGAGAGAGCGAGAUGGUUCUUUGCUCUACCAAUGCUUUGCAAACGUUCUUAAGGCAUUACGCAUGCGUGCAAUUGGAGUAGUGUUGAAAAUUGUUAAUUUAUUGUUUAGAAUGUCUUUGCAUCCCAGCAAAAGCAAAUAAAAUAAAAUGUAGCACUCUGUAACCAAAGCCUUAAAGGUACUUGGCUUACAGAACCUCUUUUACACAGGACUAACAAAACAAAACAAAAUAAACAAACAAAAAAACAAAAACAACAAAAAAAAAGACUUUUUUUUUUUUCAAAGUGCCAUAGCUAGUGAGGAGAGGAAGGAUUGGCAGAGUGGGGAGUAGAUGCUUUACUGUGUGAGUUUACUUGAGAACCAAUCAAAAAAGGGGAACUCCAAGGCAAAUGUGUAUUUGAUUACAUUGACAAACCAUUUUUACAUUUUAUGCUUUUUUCUUUUGGUGAGAAGGGACUCUGCUGGACUCUGAACUCUGACUCUAUAGUGGAUCCUCAGAGCUCUAUUGUAGCAACGGUUGUUAUUUUCACACUAAAGUGAGAGAGAAAGAGUGAACGUGUGUGUGCAUGUGUGUGUGUGCGUGCAUAUGCAUUUAUCAGAGCCACAAAUAGCCACAUUUGGUGGAUCAGAUUGGGUUGAAGUUCAGAGCUAUGCGAGGCCCUUAGUGUCUCCUCCUUUGAGAUGUACAUACAAUGUGAAGGUCUGAAGUGAUUUUUGUUAAAUUCUAUAUUUUAUCGCUUUUGUAGACAUUUUGUUGUGGGAAGAAAAAAAAAUAAAAUAAAUUUUAUGGGUG